CCUCCGGGCUGCCCGUCCAUCCCUGCGACCGUCCGUCUCCCCCUCCAUCCCCGCCCGCUUUGUUUUCUCGCCGUCCGCGGGCUCGGGCCCCCCACGCCGCUGCCACCCUGAAGUUUCUGGCGGUGCUGCUGGCGGCGGGCAUGCUGGCUUUCCUGGGGGCCAUCAUCUGCAUCAUCGCCAGCGUCCACCCCGCCGGCACCGCCGCGCCCGCCGCCGCCGCCGACAAUGACUCGGCCGCCGCCGCCCUCCUGCCCGCCGCCGACAAGGGGCUGGGAGCGCUGCACGGCCCCGCCGAGGCUCUGGCCAGCGCCGGGCCGCGCCUGACGGCGGGGCCACCGCUCUUCAGCCGCUUCGUCUGCACCCCGCUGAGCACCGAGUGCCCGGCCACCGGCACCGGCACCGCCGCCGGCACCGCCGCCGGCCCCGAAGAGCUGCUGGCGCUGCGGAGCGCGGCGGCCCAGCUGCGCCGCACGGCGCUGGAGCAGAAGGAGCGGAUCCGCAUGGACCAGGAGACCAUCCGGGAGCUCACCGGCAAGCUCAGCCGCUGCGAGGGCGGCCUGCGGAGCCCCCCGGCCGCCGCGCCCCCCGCCGCCGCCGGGCUCCGCGCCGCCCCGCGCCCCGGCACCAUGGGCCACCCGCCCGACGAGCCGCCCGCCGUGCGGGAGCUGGAGGAAGCUGUCCGCACCCUCCAGGACCGAAUCGACCGGAUAGAGCAGGAGCUGCCAGCCCGCACCAAUGGCUCAGCACCCACUGCCCCAGCACUYGUCCCUGAUGCCCUCCACACCAAGAUGGAGCAGCUGGAGGAGCAGCUCCUUUCCAAGAUCCUKACCCUGCAGAAGGAGCGCCAGGCUGCCAGCACUGACCGCAGCCAGCAGCAAAACAACAUCGAGAAGGAGCUGAACUCCCUCCAGAACCGGGUGACAGAGCUGGAGCACGGACCACUGGGCUACAGCCCUCCUGAUGCCUUCAAGGUGACCAUCCCAGUGCAGAACAACUACAUGUACGCCCGCAUGAAGAAGAGCCUGCCGGAGCUCUACGCCUUCACCAUCUGCAUGUGGCUGAAGGCCAAGGCCCAGGCAGGGCUCGGAACCCCUUUCUCCUACUCUGUCCCAAGCCAAGCCAAUGAGAUCGUGCUGUUGGAGUGGGGCASUAACCCCCUGGAGCUGCUCAUCAAUGACAAGGUCGCCCAGCUGCCACUGAGCCUGAAGGACAAGGCCUGGCACCACAUCUGCGUGGCCUGGACCACUCGGGACGGCAAGUGGUCUGCAUACCAGGAUGGUGAACAACGGGGUGCUGGUGAGAACCUGGCCUCCUGGCAUUCCAUCAAGCCCCAUGGCAUCCUCAUCCUGGGUCAGGAGCAGGACACCCUGGGGGGCCGCUUUGAUGCCACACAGGCCUUCGUGGGAGAACUGGCGCAGUUUGGCGUGUGGGACCACAUGCUGGCRCCAGCAGAGAUCCUGGGCUUGGCCAACUGCACCUCCCACCUCCAAGGAAAUGUGAUUCAGUGGGAUGACCAGGCAGUGGAGGUGUUUGGCGGUGCCAGCAAGGCGGGCUUUGCUGCCUGCGAAGAAGGCAGGAARGCAUGA